AUGAAGUCGAACAAGGCAACCGGUCCUGAUGACAUACCUGCUGAUGUCUGGAAGCUGCUAGGAGAUCGAGAGUCCGUGUGGCUCGCAACUCUAUUUAACAAGAUAGUUGCAGAAGGACAGACUCCAGACGUUUGGCAAACUUCCGUGACCGUGCCUGUCUGGAAAGGGAAAGCAGACAUUGCUGACUGCACUUCGUACAGGCGUACAGGACUGCUGUGCCAUACGAUGAAGGUUUUUGAGCGUGUCCCGGAGGCUCGUCUGAGGAAAAUUGUCAGCGUUUCACUCAACCAGUGCGGUUUUGUGAAAGACUGCAGCGCUAUGGAUGCUAUCCAUGCUGUCCGUAUCCUUCUGGAGAAACAUCGAGAGAAGAACCGCAGUGUGCAUCUUGCUUUUCUCGAUCUCGAGAAGGCUUUCGACCGUGUCCCACAUGAGCUGUUAUGGAUGUCCAUGAGGUCGCAUAGAGUACCAGAAGUAUAUGUGCGGUGGACAAAGCUGGUUUAUGCGAAGCCCACCAGCGUUGUCGGAUGUGCUGCUGGAACAAGCAGGCCAUUCCCUGUAGAAGUAGGGGUUCACCAGGGUUCAUCCCUCUCACCUCUGCUGUUCAUACUGCGCAUGGACACGAUAACGAAGGAAAUCCAGAAGCAGCAUCCGUGGACUCUACUCUUUACCGAUGAUGUCAUGCUCGCGUCGGAGUCUCGAGGUGAUCUUCAGAAACAAGCACAGUCUUGGAAGGAUCGGCUGUAG